AUGGGGGUGCGUUUGGGUCCAAAAGCAGAAAAUCUUUGCAUUUUCCAUGUGCUACUAAGACGGCAGAAAAAUGUCAAUGAUAAGGAAAUGUUGAAAAUUCAGAGAGCAAAACAGCAGUUUAGAAACUGCAAUUUCUUUUGCCAGAAGUGUUGGCAGUAUACUGCAGAAGUAAUAAACAUUGAUGAAUCAUUCAUCUACAUUAAGGACAUGGUGGCUGUAGAUGAGGCCCUGUUGCAUAUCAGAAUCUCGGAUCUGCACCUCUGGCUGGGAAUAUGGUUUUUCUUCUCUGCAUGGCCCCUGUCUGGGCAUGCUCAACUCCACAGUUCACUAGAAGUGGUGAUACCCUUGAGAGUCUCUGGCACUAGUAGAGGCAUGAGGUCUCCAGGCUGGCUAACUUAUAGUCUGUACUUUGGGGGCCAGAAACAUAUUAUGCAACUAAGAGUUAAGAAGUUUUUGAUAUCCAGACACUUGUCUGUGUUCACCUACACUGAGCAGGGGAAUCUCCAUGAGGACCAGCCUUUCAUCCCAAAGGAUUGCUACUACUAUGGGUAUGUGGACGGGGACCCAGAGUCCCUAGUUUCCCUUACCACUUGCCUGGGAGGCUUUCAAGGAACAUUACAUAUAAACAACACUGUUUAUGAAAUCAAGCCCAAGAGCCCUUCUUCCAUAUAUGAACAUCUAGUUUAUAAGAUGGACAAUGUGGAGACAGAGGUGCCUCCCAUGAGAUGUAGAUUAACAGAAGAAGACAUAGCACAACAAAUGAAGCUUCAAGAGAGUGCCAAUUCCAUGCUGAUGCAAAGUGAUUAUAAGGGCUGGUUCACUCAUAGAUGGUUUGUUGAGCUGGCAGUAGUUAUCGACCAUAAUCGAUUCAUUCAUCUCAAUGGUAAUCUCUCCAACCUAGUACAGGAAGUAUUCACUAUAGUUAAUGAAAUGAAUUUCGUUUUUGCUUCUUUGGAUGUUAAUAUAGCUUUACUUGGAAUUGAGAUCUGGAAUAAAGGAAAUCCUGUGCCUAUAGAUGACAUAAGAGCUCUCCUCGGUGGCUUUUGCAAAUGGAAGAUUAAGAACAUUAAUCAUCGUAUACAACAUGACCUUGCACACCUUUAUGUUCAUAAAGAUUAUCGCCAAUAUGCUGGCUUUGCCUUUGUUACUGGUAUAUGUCUCCCAAAUCUUAACUGUGGAGUCAUGACUCUCAUAAGGAACAACUUGUUUAGAGUUGCACUUAUUGCAGCACAUGAGACGGGUCACAGUUUGGGCAUGGAUCACGAUGACCACACCUGUACAUGUGGGGAAAGAGAAUGCAUAAUGGCUGCAAUUUCCAACAAAUCCAGGAAAUUCAGCAACUGCAGCUAUUCGUAUUUCAUGGCACAGACUGCAAAAAAGACUUGCAUGCGCAAUGCACCAAAUGAAUCACACAUCUUCUCCUGGAGUUUCUGUGGGAAUGGUGUCGUUGAAGAUGGAGAAGAAUGUGACUGUGGUUCCUCUAUGCUGUGUGAAAAAGAUCCAUGCUGUAUGGUAGGCUGUGUUCUGAGAUAUGGUGCUGAAUGUGCCUUUGGGCUUUGUUGCAAAGAUUGUCUAUUCAUGCCACGUGGCACAAUGUGUAGACAAAGUAACAAUGAAUGUGACCUCCCAGAGUGGUGCAAUGGAACCUCACACAAGUGUCCUGAAGAUGUGUAUGUGCAGGAUGGGAGCCCUUGCAAGGAUGGUGGCUACUGCUAUGAAAAGAGGUGUAAUCAGCGUGAUGAACAGUGUCGCCAAAUUUUUGGUAAGGAAGCCAAGAGUGCAAAUCAGACUUGUUACAGAGAAAUGAACACCCGAGGAGACCGUUUUGGCAACUGUGGUGCCACCAGCAAAAAAUACCUAAGUUGUGAUAUCUCAAACAUCCUCUGUGGCAGAGUUCAGUGUGAGAAUGUGACAGAGAUUCCCUUUUUGCAAGACCACUCCACUGUGCAUUGGAAUCACUUCAAUGGUGUCACCUGCUGGAGUACUGACCACCACUGGGGGAUGCCCCUUCCUGAUGUUGGAAAUGUGAAGGAUGGCACAGGCUGUGGUGAGGAUCAUGUAUGCAUCAACAGUAAGUGUGUUAAUAAGUCAAUUUGGAGAAGUGAUUGUUCACUAGACACCUGCAAUAGGAAAGGAGCCUGCAACAAUAAACAUCACUGCCAUUGUGACUUGGGGUGGAGCCCCCCACAGUGCCUGAUACAGGGCUCUGGAGGGAGUGUUGACAGUGGCCCUCCUCCUGAGAGAAAACCUUCAGAAAAGGUGAUCCGCACCCAUAAUUCCGUUGGAAUGUGUGUUGCUAGUAAUGAAGCAAUGACCCUCAAGUUCAUGAGUGCUCUCCACAAUGGAAUGAUGUCCCAGAAAGGGCCCAAUGAGAAACAGCCCCUUAACCUUAGCAUAUGGUCACACACAUCUAUAACACCAGUCCUGAGCAUAUUGACAGUAAUAGGAAUACCAUGUCCUGCUACUCUGAUGGAUGGAUUCUGCCAGUAG